AGGUGGCAGAAGUUGACAAGCUUUGGACGAGCCAUGGAGGCUUUAGGCAAGGUGUUAACCUGCCCAAUCUGCCUAGAUCUUUUCACUCCACCGGUGAUCGUCCUGAAUUGUUCGCACAACUUUUGUAAGGUGUGCCUCGAUCAGAUUCUUCUUUGUCAAAAUUGCACUCAUAUGAACGGACAAUUCUGCUGCCCCAUAUGCCGAAAAGUGAUAUAUUUGAGAGGCAGAGGAACAACUGGGUUACAGAGGAACAUUCUGGUUGAAAACAUGCUGGAAAAAUUUGAGGAUGAACAAAAGGUUUUACAAGCUAAGGAGCAAGAUCAGAUGUCUCAAAUGUGUGAAACACACAAAGAAAUGAUGACUCUGAUGUGCCUCUACGAUAAUGAGCCGAUAUGCGGGACCUGCAAACUCUUUGGUGACCAUAAGUCUCAUAAGGUUAUGAAAAUUUCGGAAGCAUAUGCGGCCAGAAAAAUUAGUUUUGUAGAUGAUUUACAGCUGUUGCUUCAGAAAUCAGAAAGCACAAAACUAGCGAUUGAGGAAGUUGAAAAACUGAAGAAUGAGCUCAAGACAAGCACCGCGGACACCCAGGCCAUGAUCGAAAUCAUUGGCCGAAGCUUGAUUAACAGAAUCAAAUGCAGAGUCACGGCUCUGAAAAACAAACUAGACAAUGAACAUUCUACUAAACUGGAGAAACUAAAGCUUGUCAUCAAAGAUCUUCAAAUGCCAAAAUUGCUUUAUCAGCAAAUGAAGACUCUCUUGGAACAACAUUUGAAUGCAGUACAUUUCCAUCAACAAGACAAGAAGAUCAAGCAGGAGAUGGAUAGGGUUCUAAAUGGCAAUCUGCCUACUAUUCCAGAAAGGGACAAUAUUUCAAUCAAGGACUAUUUUAGUGAACUUAUCAAGGGAAUGGACAUUACUAACUUUGUUCUGUCCAAAGCAGACCAUGUUAUGACAAACUCCGCUGAGGGCCGUGAAGACUGGAACUCGGGGUCUUUGACACAGACUCCUCUGUCAGAUGAUAUUCCCGACGAAAUUUUCUGCCAAACGGUCUUGGCUUUAUUUCAGAAAAUAAAUGAAAAAGAAAUAAGUCUUCCUCAAGGCCCGACCAGCUCAUCUUCAUUGUCUGAAUCUGCAGAAGAGAGUGAUGACAGCUCAAUGGAAUCCUCAGUUUAAAUAACAAGGAUUGGAGAUGAAUACUUCUUCUAUCACAGUAUGUGAAGAACAAUAACAAUAAAUAGAAAAAUGUU